AUGGACUCCAGCAAGAAGCACGUGAGAGAGUCGCCAGAAGUGAAAGCGAAUUUUUUGUCCAAACUUUUUUUCUGUUGGAUUCUCCCAUUUUUCAAAAUUGGCUACCAGAAAGACUUAGAUGUGCAAGACCUGUAUAACGCCACAAAGGGUGAUUUAUCUGGAACUUUGGGAGAUGAAUUGGAAAAAUAUUGGAAGGAAGAAUUACAAAAAUGUAAAGGAAAACAAAACAAAGCCAGUCUGAAAUCAGCGAUUUGGAAGGCAUUCUGGAAAUCCUAUGCGAUAUAUGGGGUGUAUUUUUUUAUACAAGUUAUUUUCUUGAGAUCUCUUCAACCUAUUUUAUUAGCAGUGUAUAUAGACUAUUUCGGACAUACUAAAGAGUCCUACCAAGUAGGAUCAUGGAUUAUCAACAAAAAAGAGUAUGGAUGGAUAUUAGCAGUGGGGGUGAUAUUGUUAGCUUUCGUAAAUAUGGUUAUAUUCCACUAUUGUUCCCUGGGAUGUCAAAGGGUGGGGAUGAGGGUCAGGAUAGCCUGUUGCUCACUAGUUUACAGAAAAAUGCUCAGACUGAGUCAAGCUUCGCUAGGCGAGACAGCGGCUGGUCAGUUGGUCAAUUUGAUGUCAAAUGAUGUCCAGAGGUUUGACUUGGCAUCUAGCCAGCUACAUUAUAUCUGGAUCAUGCCAUUUUUGUUCGUCACUGCUUUCUACAUCAUCUAUGACAGUGUGGGAUGGGCAGCUUUGGCUGCAAUGCUCGCCAUGACAGUUCAGUCCGUACCACUACAAGGAUAUCUAUCCAAGGUCCAAGGAGUUCUACGCUAUAAAAUAGCUCAGAGGACUGAUUUCAGAGUGAAAUUGAUGAGCGAAAUAGUGUCAGGAAUCCAAGUCAUCAAAAUGUACGCAUGGGAGAAACCUUUCGAGAAAAUGGUGGAAAACUCACGAAAUGACGAAAUCAAAUUUAUAACAAAAACCUCAUACAUAAAGGGAUUCUCACUAGCUCUGAUGGUAGUGACAGAACGAUUCGCACUAUACGUCACCCUCAUAGCGUACGUUCUGAUAGGCCAUCGACUCACCAGUGACACUGUCUUCUCGAUGUCCCUGUACAUCAACAUCGUUCAAAUGUACAUGUGUAUUUUCUUCCCUAUGGCUCUUGGGUUUUACGCUGAAGCCAAAGUCACCAUCAGAAGGUUAGAAGACUUCUUGGUGCUGGAAGAAAACGUUAUAGUUCAGAACAGGGAGGCUACGAUUAUGGAUGAGGAAAAAAGAGGACUUGUGCAGCUGGAUGGGGCUACAGCAAGCUGGUUGCCCAAUCCAGUGGUCAAUACCCUUAUAGAUGUUACCUUGAAGAUAUCUCCAGGGACUCUCUGUUGUGUGGUGGGGAAUGUGGGAUCAGGGAAGAGUUCCCUACUGCAAAUGCUGCUCAAGGAGUUGCCAGUGAAGAAAGGGAGCAUGGAAUUGAAUGGUCAGGUGUCUUAUGCCUCUCAAGAACCAUGGUUGUUCGUGUCCAGUGUGAGAAAUAACAUACUAUUCGGACAACCGUAUUUGAAAAACAGAUAUAGCGAUAUCGUCAAGUAUUGUGCCUUGGAAAGAGACUUCAAACAGUUCCUACACGGUGAUAAGACCCUGGUAGGGGAAAGAGGAGUAUCUCUCAGUGGUGGACAGAGGGCGAGAAUAAAUUUGGCGAGGGCAGUGUAUGUUGAUGCGGACAUUUAUCUAUUUGACGACCCACUUUCUGCUGUCGACACUCAUGUUGGCAAACAUCUUUUCGAGCAGUGUAUAAAAGGGUAUUUGAAAGGGAAAACCAGAAUAUUGGCCACUCAUCAGCUGCAGUUUUUGAAACAAGCCGAUAUGAUUAUAGUACUGAAUAAUGGAACAGUGGAAAAAAUUGGUACUUAUGAUGAAUUAUCUGAUACUGCACUUGAAUCACUGAAGAGGCAAGAGUCGAAAGAAGAGAUCAAAGACGUUGGGGAUAACGUGAAGAAAGAUAUAGCUGAAAGGUUACAAUCUAUCGCAUCUGUAGGGAGUUCCGUUGGUAAAGAGGUGGAAGAUGAAGAACAACAAGAAACCCAGGAGUUGAUUGAAAAGGGGAAUUUAUCAACAUCCUUGUACAUCGAAUAUUACAGAACAGGAGCUAGUGUUUUAUUUUUGAUAUUUAUGGUUGUUCUUUUCCUGGUUGCUCAAAUGGUUUGUAAUGGCUGUGAUCUAUGGGUAGCACACUGGACAUAUGAGGAACGACUAAGUUUCGAAAACCUCAUUUUGAAGAGUUACAUUGGCACUCACCAUCCCAACUCCUCGGCAGACCUCUUACGAAGACUUACGGUCAACACAACCGCUUUCGAGGAACUGUAUAUGGAUGAAAAUUUCUUGCCCACCCAGACGAACUACAUGCUGGUAUACACCGUAUUCAUCAUAGGGGCAAUACUUUUGACUACGAGCAGGUCCAUUUUGUUCUACAAGAUGUGCAUGAACGCAUCUAAGGGUUUACACAAUAAGAUGUUUGGGAAUGUACUUAAGGCACCCAUGUUCUUCUUCAACACUAAUCCCUCAGGUCGAAUUCUGAACAGGUUCUCGAAAGACAUCGGUACAGUGGAUGAGGUUUUGCCCAAAGCUGCCGUAGAUGCCUUGACAGCAUUCUUGGUCAUGUGUGGUAUUCUUGGCAUGGUUUUCUUCGUAACUCCUAUCAUGAUGGUACCGGCAGCUCUCCUUGCUCUCGUUUUCUACUUCUUCAAGUCCAUCUACCUAUCCAGUGCCCAAGAUAUCAAAAGAAUAGAGGGCGUCACUCGCGCACCAGUGUUUUCCCAUGUAUCGGCCACCCUUUAUGGUCUAUCGACUAUUCGUUCCUCAAAGGCAGAAGAGAUGGUAAUCCACGAGUUCGACUCUCUACAAGACCAACAUACUUCAAGUUGGUACUUGUUCAUAGCUUGCAGUGGAGCCUUUGGGUUCUACAUGGACUGUAUCAGUACCACAUUCCUGGCAUUGGUUACAUUCCAGUUCCUCGUCUUUGAAAAGUAUGGUAGCAUUGGGGAAGACAUAGGUCUUUUGAUCUCCAGUAGUAUGAUCCUCAUAGGCAUGCUUCAACUGGGGGUCAAGCAGACCACCGAAGUAACUUCGAACAUGACCAGUGUGGAAAGAGUCGUACAAUACACGAAGCUUCAGAAGGAAGAUGAAAUUAGUCCCGAAGCAACGAGUAAACCCAGUAACUGGCCUAGUGCUGGAAAAGUCACCUUCAAGAAUACCUAUUUGAGGUAUACUUUGGAAGAUCCUCCGGUCUUGAAGAAUCUUAACAUGAUUAUACAACCCGGUGAAAAAGUUGGUAUAGUAGGUAGAACAGGAGCUGGUAAAUCUACGCUGAUAGCUUCCUUAUUUCGACUAGCUCCAAUAGAGGGCACCAUCGCUAUAGACGAUAUCGACACCUCCACAGUCAGCUUGGAAUAUCUCAGAUCGAACAUCUCUAUCAUCCCCCAGGAACCUAUACUUUUUUCGGCUAGCAUCCGUUAUAACCUGGAUCCAUUCGAUAAAGCCGAUGAUGAAACUAUCUGGCGAGCCCUAUCAGACGUGGAACUGAAGAGUUCCAUUGAGAGUCUGGACCAGAAAGUGAGCGAAGGAGGUUCAAAUUUCAGUGCUGGGCAAAGGCAACUGGUCUGCCUUGCCAGAGCCAUCAUAAGGAACAACAAAAUCCUGGUGAUGGAUGAAGCUACUGCCAACGUUGAUACAAAUACUGAUUCUCUGAUCCAAAAGACAAUCGGGAAGAAUUUCAAGGACUGUACCAUGCUGACCAUAGCCCAUAGACUGAAUACCAUCAUGGACUACGAUAAAGUCCUAGUUAUGGAGAUGGGAGAGGCAGUAGAGUUUGCUCCUCCUCACGAACUAUUACAAAUUCCAGAGGGGUAUUUCACGAAAAUGGUUGAACAAACUGGCCCGGUGAUGGAGGCCCAUUUGAGAAAAGUGGCCGAAGAUGCCUACCUUACUAAGUAG